UUCAGUCUCUCUUGUCUCUCUUCCCAAGUUCCGUCAGUUCCGAGAGUGCUAGAUACGUCUGUUCUGUGGUCGAGUGUCGAGCGUGGCGAACGUGGUCGAGCGUGUCGAGCUGAGCUGUCUCGACUCCCGGUUGAUGCUUGUUAGUAGUACUGGGUAACAUUUGCAGAGUUGAUCGUGCUUGGUGCUAAUUGUAAGCAGUGCUACCGUGGUCCACCUAUCGUGGUCGCGGGUUGUGAUAUGUCAUAUCGUUCACAUCGUUGCGCCUACCAUCAAGUCGUCCCGGGUGUGUUUAUGACAACGUGAGAGAGAUCGCUCGUUUCGCCGUCCGUGCGCUAAUCGAUGCAGCGCGUCCGUAUUGCGUCAGUCUUGGAGGUCUUCCAUCGAGAUUUCGCGGCACGUUUAUGAUGUAGACAUCCCUUGAGACAUCCCGCACAAGGCGAGCCUCGGGAAAUAGUUGAAACAGACGUUUGCUCGUGCAUUUAAAAAGUGUUUCAACACAAGCAAAAAUUCCAAAAUUCUUCCAAUCAUGCCGAUGGAAUUUUUGGAGCGGUUACCGGUUCCGAAUCUUCGAGUGUAUACCGCCAUAAGCUUCACCAUACUUUCCUGUUCUAUAUACUAUGCCACUCAAAUAAUCAAGGAUCCUGCUUGGCGAACGAAUCACACGCACGUCGAUGUCGGAGGCCAUUCUGGAGGCACCAUCGAUCCAACUGAUCCGAGAAGUCUUGGCACGCAUCUUAAAGAACUCUUGGAAUGUAUGGUGGUGGAACCUGUCUGUGUCUGGACUUUAAUCAACAUGGCUUAUUGCAUGUUGAUUCUUCUUGGCAAAACCAUCCAAAAGCUUGUAUUUGGUGAGCUACGUGCCUCAGAGAGCCAACAUUUGAAAGACAAAUUCUGGAAUUUUAUUUUUUAUAAAUUUAUCUUCGUUUUUGGAGUUUUGAACGUACAAUACAUGGACGAAGUAGUACUCUGGUGGGCAUGGUUUAUGGCGCUCGGCUUCUUGAGUCUUCUUAGCCAACUUUGCAAAGAUCGAUUCGAAUAUCUAUCUUUUUCACCUACUACGCCAGGAUGGAGUCACGCCCGACUUCUCGGAUUGUUGACGGCGAUUCUUGUGCUAUCUUCCUUCAUGCUUUUAUUCUGUAUCGCUGCAGCCUUUUUCUUCAUAUCUUUCAAUACUUUUGCUUUUAUGGCAGCUGAGUGUAUUCUACUCGGAGUCCGUACGAUUCACGUGAUGUUACGCUAUGUGAUUCAUCUGUACGAUACUCGUGGCGCCGGCACUUCAUCGCAACGCUCUUGGGAUAAGCGUGGUCCAUUGACCUACUACACGGAUUUAAUUUCGGAAUUGAUUGUGCUAGCAGUCGACUUUUUUCAUCAUGUUCACAUGCUUUUAUGGAGUAACAUCUUUUUGAGCAUGGCAUCGUUAGUGAUAUGUAUGCAAUUGAGAUAUCUGUUUUACGAGAUACAACGGCGAAUCACGAAACAUAGAAACUAUUUGGCUGUACUAAAUCAUAUGGAGCAAAAUUAUCCAAUGGCUUCACAAGAUGAAUUAGCCGAGAACUCUGAUAACUGUGCGAUUUGCUGGGAAAAGAUGGAAAGUGCUCGUAAAUUACCUUGUACGCACUUGUUUCACAAUUCAUGCUUACAAUCCUGGUUAGAACAGGAUACAUCAUGUCCCACUUGUCGAUUGGCUUUGAGUAUGCAAGCAAAUCACAGAGAAAGCACUCCAGAGAUGCCACCCGAGCCACAGACCCCUACGAGAAGAAACGGUAACCAUUUUUUCCUUUUUCUCGAUGCAUCGAGAUACGUGUCUUGGUUGCCCAGUUUUUCCGUCGAGGUCUCACACAACAGAGUACGUGGUAACAUAACUACAUUGGUACAUACUAAUUCCCAGAUGGAUGCUAUGGCGAGACAGGUACAACUACUUUUUCCCCAUUAUUCUCGCAAUGUAAUCCUAGAGGAUCUUAGAAUGACUCGAUCAGUUGAAUGGACAAUUGAGAAUAUACUCGAUGGGGUAUUAACUAUACCACAUCAUUUAAUUGAAGAACCGCAAGAAGAAUCCGUCCCACAAAUACAAACAAACAUGAUUAUGCCCAGCUCUUCGAUCCAAAAUUCAUCGGAUCCUAGAUUCGAUAUUCCUUUUGCUGACAGUGGAGAAGAACCUUCAAGCCUUGGUGGUCGUUUCUCGAAAUCAUCUACUGAGAGAGAACUUAUACUUCAACGACGAAAAGAGCAUAUGCGAUUAACAGCACGCAGAAGGUAUUUGGAAAAACAUCGGAAAUCCGAGAUUGAUUCGAUAAAUUCGCAGAUAACGAAUACUGAAAAUGUUGAAAAUACUACAUCUUAGACAUAAGCAAAGAUAAGACCGAUUACGAUUUUGAAUUCAAAUUACGCAGAGCUUCAUUGUUGACAUAAAAUUGAUAGGCUGUACGUUUUCUUUUUCUUUGGAUACGAGACAAGAUCGUGGAACAUACAACGCGGUGCAUACUUUUUGCUGAUGACUAAUUAUUAAAUAGCAAGAACUAUCGAAAGACCUCUUUGUGUAUUUAACAGUCAGAGUACUCUUAACCUUUGAAAAACAGAAAAUUAAAGUCACACAGUCAAGCCACACAUAGAUUAGGCGCAACAUUAAGAAUAUCGAGAGGUUGUGAACGAUAUACUCAUGAACGAUUAGUAUUGAACUAAUUACUCAACGUUAUCAAGUUAUGAUGAAAGCUACAAUGAGACGAUUAAAUUAUAAUAGAAAAUAUUAAGAUUUUUACGUAAUUUAAUUAAAUAUCAUGCUAAUAGUAAAACAUUAAAUUUCUAUAGCGAUAUGUAAUACAUGUGUUUUUGGGAAAAAAAAUUAUUGGAGAAUAACCUCAUCGGUUUUCGAAAAAGCCUAAGCUGCAUUGUCCACUUUCUAACAGAUUAAAAUAUUGUUUUAAAUCUUUCUAUUUUCCUUAUAUAUCUUGUAUAAUUUGUAAAACAAUAUAUAAA